AUGAAUGUCCUGGCAAUAAUUCUUCUAGCCCAUCUCUGUGUGUAUACUUGCAGAUUCAUGCAGAAGAAAAGAAGGGCAGUCCCUCGGAACUACGACGUGUUCUUGAGUUUCAAAGGUGGUGACACUCGCACUGGGUUCACCGAUUUCCUCUACAACAGCCUGUUAGCUGCUGGGUUUCACGUGUUUAGGGAUGACGACGCGCUCCCAGUCGGUGACAAGAUAGGCCCGGGGAUUUUCCAGGCCAUCAGGAAAUGUAGGGUCGCAAUCCCUAUCAUCUCGGAACAGUAUGUGCACAGUCACUGGUGCGUCCGCGAGCUCGCUGAGAUCAUGGAUUGCCACGAAAGGCAUCGCAAACCAGUCUUCCCUAUAUUCUACAAGGUGGAUGUUGUUGAUGUACUCCGCGAACGCCGUAAAUUUAAAGAAGCUCUACAUAAACAUGAGAGGAAGUGGGGCCCAAAAGUGCCAAAAUGGCAGAAAGCGCUGAUUUCUGUAGCGAGGAUUAAAGGAUGGAGAUCAAAGGCCAUUGCUAAUGGGCAUGAAGGAGAGCUGGUGAAAAUGGUGGUUGCAAGGGUUUCAAGUGAAUUGCAGACAAUGUGGAUCGAACGGCUGCCCAUGUUUCCCAUAUUGAUGUCUAGUUACCCCAUAAGAUCAGUCUCUCUUUACUUUUCCGAGAAGAAAAGAAGAGAAAGCGAAUGGCAAGUGUUCUUGGCCUUUCACGGCCCUGAUACUCGAUGUGGCUUUGCUGCUUUCCUCUACAUCAGCCUUGUGGCUGCAGGAAUCAGAGUGUUUAGCAAUAAUGAUCCGUCCCUCAUAGGUACAGAUCUUUCUCGUGAGACUCGCAAUGCCAUCGGCGUCUGCAAGAUAUCCAUUCCCAUUCUCUCUAAAAAUUUUGCUUCCUCUCGUUGGCGCCUCAAGGAGCUAGCUCAAAUGGUUGAAACGAAGGGGCAAAAGAUAUUGCCCAUCUUUUAUAAAGUGAAGCCCUCACAUGUGCGAAAAGUAUCACAUCGUUUUGGACGGGAAAUGCUUCAACACAAGGAGCUGGUCGACCUAGAUACUUAUGGGAGGUGGGAGCGAGCUCUCAAGGAGGUUGGGUCCUUCAAAGGAUGGGAAUCCGAGAGAAUCGCCAAUGGGCAUGAAGCGGUACUUGUGAAACAAGUCGUCAAGGAGGUUUCGAGGCUGUUGAACAAUCCUCGAACACAUGAUCCCCUAUCACCCAUACCCACCGACUAG